GCUGUGGCUGUGGCCCCAGCUGCAGCUCAGAUUUGACGCCUAGCCUAGGAACUUUCAUAUGUCACAGAUGUGGCCCUAAAAAAAAAAAUCAAAAACCUCACAUCUGGUAAGAGCUUGCAUUUGAAUACAAGUUUGUCUAACUCAAUGAUUCUCAACUGGGGGCGCUUUUGGCCUCCAGGGGACAUUUGGUAAUGUCUGCAGACAGUUUUGAUUGUCAUAAGUAAGGUGUGUGUGUGUGUGUGUGCUGAUAGCAUCUAAUUUGGCUGGGGAUGCUGGCAAAAAAGCUGCUAUGUACAGGACAGCUUCCGCAAGAAACUAUCCAGUCCCAAUGUCAAUAGUGCUGUGACUGAGAAAUCCUGGACUUGAAGCCUGUGCUUUUGCCCUAUAGGGAGGGAGGGUGGGGGCAUGAAAAGUUAGAACGAGAUGGGAAAGGGCCUCCUCCAAGGGGUGAAAAGGGAAUGGGGCUUCUAUGCUAAGGAUAGUGGAGAACAGGGCCAGCUGGUGAGAUUUCUUUCUUCCAGGCUUGGCCAAGACCCUGCUCAGCUUCUCCCAACCUUGCCAAUUCAGUCCUGGGACUUCACACUAAGCUUGUCCUGGAGUGACCCUGACUCCCAGCUCCAGGCUGGGGCAAAAUAUUGACCUGGGUCUUCGGGCAGGACUUCCCAGCCAAAGCCCCUGAUCCCUGGGGCCAUUGCGUGCCACCUGCAGCCCUUGGGCAGCUACACAUUAACACCUUUGCAAUGAAGGGGUGAAAGUGUUAAAAAUGGAGCAGGGCCAGGCCGUGUCUAAGGAGUUAGAAGUGGAGUAACAGGUAAAGCCAGGAGGAUCCCGUAGCAAAACCCUGUCUGGAGAGGAAAUGGAGCAGGGAGGAGGAGACAGCUUGACCCUGAGGAGGCUUGUUUCCAUAACCAUUCAUCUCUAGGCUUGGUCCUCAGCUUCACUGAACCUUCCCCAGUACCUCUUCCUGGAGCACCUACAUACCCCGCCAGCCACCAUUCUGGGCCUCCCCAGUAGUGGCCUCCCUAUGAGACUGGGGAGGACGGGUCUGAGCUGACUUUGCUGACAGGAAAUACCUCUCCUUCCAAGCUCAGAGCCUCUGAAGAACUAACCAGCAGCUUGGGGGAGGGAGGAAGGAGAGGGCGGAGGAGGAAGACAGUCUUGGAGAGGGAAGAGGGAAGAACGUACAAGCAGGUCCUCCAUAUUUGGGGUUCCAUCUCUUUUCUUCCCUCACCCCAUGAGGGGGUGGGGAUAAGGGGAUAGAGGAGGGCAGAACUGGAGGAGGAUGUGGUAACAGCUGAUUCGUCCCCGGAGGUCAGACUUUCCAACAAUCAGCUGUUACUGGGGUGGAAGGCAGGAAGUUUCCUUAAAGGCACAAUGUUCUGAACACAGGUUCAGAAUUCUGGAGCUCCUAGGAACCAUAGCGGUCCCGUGGCAGAGCCCUUGUUGUCAUCCUCCAUUGGGAGCUUACAGAAAAGUCUUGUAUCCCUGUCCACACGUUCCUUUUUGGUGGUGGUGGUGGAGAGGCGCGAGUGAUGAGGUGGGGUGGGUCUCAGACUUGCCCCUUUAAAUCAGUGGUUCCGCAGCUUUUGCCAAGUCAUUGGGUUCCUUUCCUUUCCUUUUUUUUUUUUUUUUUGGUGGGUUUUUUUUUUUUUCCCCUAUCUCCCGCCCCUCUAUGCUCUGAUUGGCCUCUGGGAAAGGAGCUGCCUCCUCAUUGGUCUCCACCUUUGAAAUCUCUUCCUUAAGUAGGCCUGAGUCAGGGAAAAGCUUCUAGAGGGCGGGACAGAAUGGGGGUGUUAGGCAGGGGAUGGGAUUGCUGGCCAGUUGCACUUUGCCCCGGCCUGUCCCCUGACCACAAAUCUAACUUCGACCCUCAGGUGAACCCUGUGCUCUGAAUCCUUCGUUAGGAAGCUGCUGCUUGAGAGGCCCUGUCUCUGCGACUGGGGCGAGACAUCUUCUACAAGAAGUCUCCUCAGAAGCGCCCUCCAGGAGGGGUGUACUAGACCUCUCCCCUGAAAGCUGGGGCCAGGCGAGGUGGGCAGUCCUCCCUCCCCCCAAACGCCCACAGGAAUUUGUAUCCCAAAGGAAGAGCCUGGCUGCCAUGGGGCUGAUUUCCACCUUCAGUUCGGCUCACUCCUGCUAACUCUCCUGCUCCACCUUUCCUUUGAGAGCUGUCGCUUCCCGCAAGAGGUCAGCGAAUCCGUUUUGAGAGGCUGUCUAAAAGGAUCACUCACGGCUCCAAAAAGGAGGGGCUGUGCCCUUUAAGGACUUCGCCGGGAUGGAUUCCGAGUUGAGUUUAAAAAUGCCAACUCACAGAGCGCGCUGGAUUCUGGGAGCGAAGCGUCAGACCGAGAACUACAUUGACCAGUAUGCACUGCAAACACACACGCCUUUACUUCCUUCUGCUCUUCGGGAGUCGGGUUUGACGUAGUGCUCCUCUAAGCGAGCAGCCUAGGAGGAGGACUGAGCCACACCUUUUCACCUAUUGGCCAGCUUGCCAGUCUGUGGGCGUGGCUUAGCGCAACUCCGCUAGGCAAGGGGGUGGCCUCCAUGCCAAUCAGUGCUAAAACGGCAGGGGAGGCGGGAACGAGGGGAAGUGCAGGCGCCCCCGAGUGGGUGUGGUCACGCUGCCCAGCAGUGGGCGGUGAUUGGCCCUGGGCGGUGCGAUCGCAGCUUGUGCGUCACGACGCCGCCAGCUGAUCGGAGACUGGAGCCGGUGUGUGCUGGGCGCUGGGAAGAGACAGCGCCGCCGGCCGUGGGGAUCGGACGCACUGAUUCGCUCCCCUGCUCUCAGCACCCCCUCCACCCAGCACCAGGUGGGUGUGAGCUGGGGUCCCGGACGCACAGGAGGGAACCGUGCUAACGGGGAAGCUGUACCUCACAUAUCCUCUCCUGGCUGAGCCGCAGUAGUUCUUCAGUGGCAAGCUUUAUGUCCUGACCCAGCUAAAGCUGCCAGUUGAAGAACUGUUGCCCUCUGCCCCUGGCUUCGAGGAGGAAGAGGAGAUGGAGCUGCUUUCCUCUUCAUCUGGAAGGUGACAGAACUGGGGCUGGGACGGUCUGAACAGCAAAAGUCAUGAUCCCUUUCGGGAAAGGGAACCCUAUUCAGUUGAGGAGUUUCGCUCACAUUGACCUGGCCAGAGAGGAAAUUUCAGAGUAGAGACCCUGGAUGCAGUGGAGAAUGAUGGCUCUGUGUGCCCAAGGGCCCCCAAAAGAGAUGAGGGGAGGAGUCCCCGGUGGGUCGCUUCGCCAGAGUAGGAGCUGUUGAUCCCUCUGAGAGGUACUGUGGAAGGGCGCAGAACUCCUGGAGUCCUAGAGUUGCUGGGUCUGGACACCCUGGAAGGGGUGGCUCCGAGGAAGCGAGGUGCCCCCCACCCGCGCAACUGAGAGGAGGGUGGGGUGCGGGGCAGAGCGAUGGUGAGAUUUAAGCAAGUGUGAGUGGGUUUGCUCUAGCCUCUAACUUCAGGGCUGCGAGAGUGGGGGGAGCAGGAGGACCAGCAGGUGAGGUUAGAGCAGGGGAAGGAGGUGAAAGGUAACGGGCCUGGGUCUCUAGGUGUGUAAAGUGAGAUUAGCGACCCAUUUCUGGAUUUGCGAGGCGUUUGGGGACACGUCGGUUGAGAAAGUCCCAGAUCGACAUCCCGGAAUGCCCCCCUGAGCUCGGCUGCCUGGCCGGGCCCUGAGAGCCCCCUAACCCGCUGUCCCCUGCUAGGGCGGGACGCGAUCGGUUGCUUCGGCUCCAGGGGCGGUGGCCCCACCGCUGCUCCAAUCACCGCCCAGCCCAGGCUUGGGGGCGUGGACGAACCUCGGAGAAGUUAAAGCCGAUUCUGAAGGCCCGGCGGCGGGGAAGCUCAGGGACCCAGCCUCGCCUGGAAGCCUGGAAGCCGGCUCACAGGCCCCGCGGGGGGCGUUGGGAUCGUCGGGUCGGGGCUAAGAACUCCGGCGCCCUAGAAACAGAUCCGGACCUAACCCGCCCGCCAGGCCAUGGCGCCCUUUGGACUCCUCGUGACCGGCGCCUCCUUCGCCGCCUUCCGGGGGCUGCACUGGGGGCUGCAGCUGCUGCCCACGCCGGGAUCUGCUGCCCAGGACCGUUGGAAGUGGCGGAACAUCUGUGUCUCCCUGGUGCACAGCCUGCUUACGGGUGCAGGGGCGCUGCUCGGGCUGUCGCUGUACCCUCAGAUGGCGGCCGACCCGAUUCAUGGCCACCCGCCCUGGGCCCUGGUACUGGUAGCUGUGUCUGUGGGUUAUUUCCUGGCGGAUGGAGCUGACAUGCUGUGGAACCAGACCUUGGGCCAGGCCUGGGAACUCCUCUGUCACCAUUUGGUGGUAGUGAGCUGCCUCAGCACCGCCAUUCUGUCUGGUCACUAUGUGGGUUUCUCUGUGGUGUCUCUGCUCCUGGAGCUGAACUCCACCUGCCUGCACUUACGAAAGCUGCUGCUGCUUUCUCGCCAGGCUCCAUCCCUGGCCUUCAGCCUGACCAGCUGGGCCACCUUGGCUACCUUGGCCCUCUUCCGUCUGGUGCCACUGGGGUGGAUGAGUCUGUGGCUGAUCCGGCAACACCAUCAGGUGCCUCUUGCUCUGGUCAUUCUUGGUGGAACUGGACUGGUCACCGUGGGUGCCAUGAGCAUCACACUGGGUGUCCGCAUUUUGGUCAGUGACGUCCUGCGGUCUCGGCCCCGCCCAUCCAUCCCUGGGCAAAAGGAAACCAGGGGCUCCAGGACAUGCUGUGAUGGUGAGCUUGUCACCAGGGGUGGUUCCACUCGCAGCCUGAAAGACUGAAGAGGAGCCUCGGGCUCUUUCUCUGCCAGGUCUGGGAGACGUGAGACCAGGAUGAGGAGAAGGUGUUCUUCAAUGCACAGUCCCCCAGGGGUGAGGACUGGACUGGAUUUUCAGUAUCUCCAUUUCUCUGCCCCCUAACUCAACCCCUCCUCCAUUCCUAGGAUUUGAGAAGAAAUGCUAAUAUUCACGAAUGGGUGGGAACCUGGGGUUUUGUUCACUGAAUCCCAUCUUCAGAUGACCACCCUUCCCAGCAAACUAACUACAGCCUGUGCUACCAGAAAAAUGUGGCAGGAGGCAUGAAGUUGGGAAACUGCCAGUGGGAACAGAAACCCUUUGCUUUAGCACGCAAUGCAUCAUGGCAGGUGAGGUCCUAGGAGGAUCAGAGAGAUCUGGUGUGGAAGGGUUGGGAUCAGAGAGAAGAGAGACCUCACCUAUGACCAAAUUAUGGUAGUGGGAGGAGGGCAUAUAGGUGCUAUGUGUAGCCGGUGGGGAUGGACCUAUCAGUUGCCAAGAGACAGAAGCUACUGGACCACAACAAUUGCUGGUGAUACUUCCGGUUCUCAGAGCCGCCCUAUUCUGCUUGUAAUUAACCCUCAUCCUGAUGCAUCCAGCAUCUUCCUUUUAAGUUUUUUUAGUGCCUUCGGACCUUUUCAAAGAAAAUGCAGAGACAGAGGAAUCAGCACGGGGCUGGGUCUGUCUUCUCAGGACUGUGGGGUGUCCAGAGCCACAGCAGGAACUCAACCACCCAUUCUGGGUGCCCAAUGUAGGCUUUUCUGCAGGAAUGAGGGCAGAGGCAGAUGCGGAUGAGGGAAGGCUUCCAUUUGGCUGCGGAGGAAUUAAGGAAUAUCUGACUCUCUUCUGGGAUUCAUCUGCAAGCUCUACUUUCUCCCCUGCUGCUUCUGGUGCAUUUUUUUUUUCUUGUUCCCCAAGACCACUCUCUUCUUCAGGCAGAGUGUCCAGGUUAUGGGACGUGUAAGCAGAUUCUACUAAACAAUGGACAGAAAUAGAUAACCUUUAAUCAUCCACAGAAAAGAUACAGGAGCCAAAAGCAAGAGACAGGAAGCUGAAAGCGUCUUGUCAAAAAGCUGAGCUGGAGAAAGACAAAGGGGAUGAUAGAAACAGACACAGACAGAUUGAAGGAGAGAUAGAAAGAAAAAGGUUUGUUGUUGUGUAGAAGAGAGAGAGAGGGAGGGCAAGACAGAAUCCUUGGGAGAAAUAUCAGGAAAGCUUUUUAUAGAUGCUGAGAAGAUCCAGAAUCACAGAAUGGGUUAAAUGGUCAUCAGCAAAGAGAAAUAAAGGCUGGCAGGAAGGGACCUCGGAGGUGGCAGGUACAGAUAGUCUGGACAGUGAAACGGGGAGAGUGAGUGACCAGGGAAACCACCCGGCUCUGGAGAGACAGAGGGGAUAGUGGCUGAUAGAUGAGUGGAGAGAGAGAGGGGAAAUGAGACGAGGGGGAUUAGUCAGGGGAGCUGAGAAGCAGGGGAGCAGAAGGUGGAGGAGGCAGUCCAUGGAGAGAUUCAUAGACAGGAAAAGCAGGCAGUAUGUUGAGCUGGAGACAGAAAGACAAAGGACAAACAGCCUCAGUGCAAAAUGCAGAGACAGGGGCUGACAGGAACUGAGAGGCAGAGACUGGUAGGACGGUGAGAAGUAAGAAUGGAUCGGCAAUGUGAAUCCACACAGAAUAAGCAAAAGGACUGAAGAGAAUCACAGGGAGAAAAAAAGGGGGGGGGCAGUACAAGGAACUAAACAUCCAAAAGGAAGUACAAGGAAAAGGAGGGAACGCAGAGAUGGGGAGAGGAAAAGCCGUCUAGAGACAGGAAAGGGAUGUGAGACAGACCCGUCAGAGAACCAAGGUGCAGAGGCGGAAAAACGGCAGAGACCAAGGGAAACCUGUGACAGGUGGAAGUAAACACAGGCAGAAUAAUAAGAGCAGCGGGUUUAAAUGUAAUCAGACUAAAACCAGAGAUGCAAAGGUCUAGAAGUUAAGAUAGAGAAACCAGGCAGAAUUCUGUCCUUAAUAGUCAUGGUAUCUCCAAACCUCAAUUUGCUGUUUUAACCAAAUGCCUUGAGGAAUAAGAACACUGUCUGGAAUUUUCAAAGAAGCAGCAAUGUGAGGAGGUCCCCUUGUGGCGCAGCAGAAACGAAUCCAACUAGGAACCAUGGGGUGGCGGGUUCGAUCCCUGGCCUCGCUCAGUGGGUUAAGGAUCUGGUGUUGCCAUGAGCUGUGGUGUAGGUCGCAGACGCGGCUAGGAUCCUGUGUUGCGGUGGCUGUGGUGUAGACUGGCAGCUGUAUCUCCGAUUUGACCCCUAGCCUGGGAACCUCCAUAGGCUGAGAGUGCCGCCCUAAAAAAAGCAAAACAAACAAAACAAAACAAAACAGCAGAACAGAAAAGAAAAACAGAAAAAGCAAUGUGACAAACCCAUGGGAGGAAUCUGUUCUGAGGUUAUGUGUUGAUGUCAGGGUUGAUUCAUUGCAAGCCCUAGACCUUUUCUUUUGCCACUGCCAUGAAUUCAAGUGAGUUCCCCAGUGAGUUCCUCUCUUGGGAAAGUGUGGUAGUAACUAUGGAGGGUCUCCAAGAACUUGACCAUUAGGAAAAUACGGCUCUUUCCACAGGUUAACUAGUAAACCCCAUACAGGAAAUGAUUAGCUACCUGUAGGGUAGGACAUGAGUGGACGCCUGAAGAAUUUGUGAUCACAUCCAGCUUUUCAUCACGGUGCCCCAGGGAAACCUCAGGAAGGCAGGGCUGGACUGUGAUUAUAUUUGCGCAAAUGGACACCACACCAACCGGACCAGAUAUAGACGAUAGGAAUCAACGUGCGGUCACUUGAGAGCUUGGAAAAAUGCAGAGGUUGGGGAGGUUGGUGUUUCAGUGGUGCCUUGGUGGAUUAAGAACCCGACAUCGUGUCUGUUAGGCUGUGGAUUGGAUCCCUGGCCUCGGUCAGUGCAGAUCACAGUUGUGGCUCGGUUCCAGCAUUGCUGUGGCUGAGUUUGAUGAGACCCCUAGCCCAGGAACCCCCAUAGGCCACAGGUGUGCCUCAGAAAAAAAAAUGCAGAGGUUGGCAGAUGCUAUAAUUGGUAUAUUGAGUUGGUCGCCAUGGCAGUGCUCUGUCAGAUUUCAUCAUGGCCCAGUGAAGGGGUCCUCCAGACUCCGUGCCAGCCGAGCUACUGGCUGAUGAAUUCUUCGUCUCUUGGCAUAAGGGAAGGGCUUUCCUGGAUGGGGGAUAUUUUAUGAUCUCAGAACUCUAUCGUUAUCAAAAAAAUUAAUAAACUGCUAUGCAAAUAAUAGCAUCAGUCUUUUA